AUGAUUUUGGUCAGUAUCAUCAACAACUUCGAUAACAAGAAAAUCCUCCUUGAAUCACGCCAGCUACUCUCUGAUGGAACUAUGCAGCCUUGCUGCACUCCUCUUUCCAGAAGGAUAAAAACACGGGAGUCAGCAGAAGAUGCAGCUCACCGUGCGAUCAAAGAAGAACUUGGGUUUCUCUUGAAGCUAGAAGAUAAGAAAGAAAUGGUUCGAAUCGUGCCUGAAACAUACAAGAAAAAGGAACACCAGAUGAUAUCCUGGUCAUACCCUGGACUGAUGUCAAGGUACAUGAUACACACCGUGAAUGCACACGUCAUGGGGUUGCCUGACGGGAAUUUCAGCACAGAGGCUGAGGAGUUUGGGGAUUGUAGUGAUGAGCUCAAAGCGGUUGUGGAGAAAGCGUUGCGUGUUAAAAGGCGUUAUUGGAUUUGGAGGCGGGUUGAAGAGGGCACUUCAGCAGCUUUUUGA